GCGCGGUGUGAGAGUUACGGUAAGAUAGAAUAAUAGUGAAUGGUUUGUUGAACAAAUUGGGAGCUUUUCAGGCGAAAGGAAAACCCGUGUUCAAAAACUACAGAGACAAUUUUAAUAUCCUGACGGUCGAAAUUUUGGAGUGAAAAAAAAUGUGGCAGCCGCCAACUGUUAAGUUGCACAAUCUCAUGGCUAAACAUGGGGUAAAACCCAAAUACGAAUUGAUAUUCAGUGAAAAUGGUCCAUGUUUUAACAAAUUUGUUAUGCGAAUCACCUGCCCAAUUUCACGGGACGGUAUGACCCUUGCGGCUGAGGGUUGUUAUGGGCUAUCCAAAAAAGAAGCCAAACGCUUUGCUGCUGAAGCUUUUAUAGAAAAGUAUUUGAACGAUGAUGACGAUAACAAAUUUGCAAGCACACAGGAAAAUCUAACUUGUGUUAUUAAUAUCGAUCCAGUCAACAGACACCUUGUCCUACAGAACCUUUGUUCAAUAAACAACUUGGGACAGCCUAAAUAUGUGGACGUGCCUACAGACUCUGUGCAUUCGACCGUUUUUAAGGCAGAGUGCAAAGUUUCCUACCUUUGUGCUGUAGGUCAAGGAAAGAGUAAAGGCGCAGCGAGAUUAGAGGCUGCUACAAGGAUGAUAAAAAUCCUUAUGGAGGCAGCAUCUAUUUGCGAAAUCUUUGAAUCGACGGAGUGGAUGACAUCGUCGCACAGCAACGACAUAGUUUGUUUGAGCGAUAAUUUGCUGCAAGGACCACAGUCACCGGUUCCCAUUUGUGUAUUUGGUAAACGAAAGUCAAGUAAAGUAGUAAAGGAAGUGAAUUCUGCCAAAGAUGCAUCUAUCAAGUUAGGUUCUGAAGCCUCUAUUAAUUCAAAUGUGAGGAACAAACUUCUCGGAUUAUUCAAGUACAAAAAUAAAGUAAGGGAACUUGAACGAGAUUCUGCUGAUCCAGCAGCAAUCGCUAAACCGACAACCUUUGGAGAUAAAUUUCAGAAUCAAGCUUCAAUCAGUAAAGAGCAUGGUGAGACUUGCAACUAUGCAUCUGUUUCAACCGUCGGCAGAAUUAGUAAUUCAAAUACCAAUCGACCAUGCCAGACUUUAACUGGACUACAGGUAAAUACAAAAGUAAGACGAACCUUGGAAAAUAUCGAGAAACAACUGCACAAUGAGAUCAUAGAUAUUCUUGAGUAUAGUAAUUUGCCAGGGCAAAGAAUCGUCAAGAUGCUCAGUAGCGAAUUCGAGGUUUUCAUUAGUCCCAAUGCUAAUGCCCAAAUAUAUCAGGGCAUCGACGACUGUACCGAUACCAGCACCAGAAUCGCAUGUCUGGCAAAACUUCUACUUGAUUUGAAAGAGUACAUCAACAAGAAGUAGUGGAAAGUUGGGCAAUAACUAGCAAUGUAAUAGUUAAGA